GGGUAGUUUCCAACCAGCUCGCUUAGUGAGUAGGUGUGCUUUACAGAAGAGUAUCAACGCGAAAUAAAUUAGGGCAGAAGAUUCCAAAUUUUAGAACUCUCCAACCGGGUGAUAAUGUCGACCGCCGGGAAAAGUACCAGUGGAAUAGAGAAAGCCGUAGCCGAAGAUGGUUUCCGCGUCCAGCCGAAAGGUUUCGCCACGAAAGCCAUUCACGUCGGACAAGAACCGGAGCAAUGGAAAUGCAUGUCGGUCGUACCUCCCAUCAGUAUGAGCACCACAUUCAAACAGUUUGGCCCCUCUCAUCAUGCGGGUUUCGAUUAUGGUCGCAGCGGAAAUCCAACCCGGGCUGUGUUGGAAAAGUGUAUCGCUUCGCUGGACAAUGGCAAAUAUGGGUUAACUUUUUCCUCGGGUCUUGGCGUUGUGACCGCUGUUAUUACGAUGCUUAAAGCCGGUGAUCAUAUUAUUGCCGGCAAUACUCUGUACGGGGGUACGCUGUGCUUGUUCAAGGAUGUUGCCAAAAAGAUGAAUAUGUCGGUCGAUUUCGUGGACACUACUGAUCUGGCGAAGGUGGAAGCCGUGUUGAAACCGAACUCGAAGCUGGUUUGGAUUGAAAGUCCAACGAAUCCUUUACUGAAGGUCGUCGAUAUUGAGGCGCUAUGUGCGGUGGUACAUAAAGUCCCAGGGAUGGUUGUGGUGGUAGACAAUACGUUCCUAACAUCUUUUUUUCAGCGCCCACUGGAUCUGGGUGCAGAUAUCGUCAUGUACUCGUUAACCAAGUACAUGAAUGGACAUUCCGAUGUUCUCAUGGGAGCUGCAGUCAUGAACGAUGAAGCCUUGUAUGAAAAGCUCAAGUUUCUUCAAAACGCAACUGGCAUUGUACCAUCCCCUUUCGAUUGCUACCUGGUAAACCGCGGUCUGAAGACGCUAGCUCUGCGCAUGGAACGCCACCGAACCAGUUCGUUAGCAGUUGCCAAAUUCCUGGAAAAGCAUCCAAAAAUCGAAAGAGUGCUGCAUCCCGGCUUGACCUCCCAUCCUCAGCAUGAGCUGGCCAAACGGCAAUCCUUCGGGCACUGUGGUAUGCUUUCGUUCUACCUCAAGGGUGGGCUGGAAGAAUCCAGUCAAUUUCUGAAGUCUUUGGAGGUCAUCACGCUAGCCGAAAGUUUGGGAGGUUUCGAGAGUGUCAUGAAGCUUCCAUCAAGGAUGCCACCGGGACUGGUGCCAGCGGAACAUCGUGAGGCGCUGGGGAUAACCGAUACACUGAUCCGGUUCUCCGUGGGUCUGGAAGAUGUAGAUGAUUUGAUUGGGGAUUUGAAGCAGGCCCUGGAAAAGCUUUAAACUAGGAAUAGGUUUUGGUUGGGGGAUACUGUUUCUAUUUUAAAAUAAAUACUUGUUUUGUUGAUAUUCAAUUUGACGUAAGGAAAAGGUAUACUCAGGGCUAAGAGGACUCACUGCAAAAACGGUCAACGAGAAAAUAAAAUUAUUGUAGAAAAUGUAAA